UAUAGCAGCUAGACAGAUCUUAAAUCUCCUGGAUAGUUAUUUUAAUUAUCAGCUAAUAACAUACAUAUUAUAGCAUCUGUGAUGAUUUAGGCAAUGCCCCAAAGACGUUUCACUUAUUUUCCGGCAUGCAGGCGGCGCAACAGAAGUUGACGCCCUUGGACCGGCGCUCAAAGUGUACGGUAUACAGGUCCCCCCCAAGCAGUCGAGCAGGUGUGUAGGUAGGCAAACCAGGAAACUCGGUAAUUCGAUGAGUUAGUAAUCAAUCAUAUUGUUUUACUGUUGUUAAUACGGUUUGUUGUGCUGCAGAUGGAAUUCGAGUCCAAAGAGCAAGACUGACAACUGUUUCGAGAAUGAGUGUAACUUCGUGAAAUUCGUUCUAAUCGCAGUGGAAUAUGUACGGCCAAAGGGACCCUUUACAUUUUACUUUAUCACAAAAUGAUAUAGCGUUAUAAACCCGAAAGUCUUCACAAUGGAAAUUCGAGAAAGGUGCUUUUUGUGUUGUCAAACGGUUUUCCCAUGUUUUAAUAAACCAGGGACAGACCCAGAGCCGGUGAAGGUGAAGAGAGAAAUCGUGGUUAUCAAAAACUCUCAUGCGGAGGAGCCCAUCAACAGGGCUUUACCACAGAUUCCCACUGAGAAACCGGUGCAGUUUUAUGUCGCUCUCUAUGAUUAUACCGCCCGAACCGAAGAGGAUUUAAGCUUCAAUGCAGGGGACAAGUUAGAAGCUUUGGACAAAAGUGCUGGCGAGUGGUGGUAUGCAAAAGCACUCACUGGCGUUUCAGCUGCUAAGAAGGGUUACAUUCCGGCCAAUUAUGUGGCACCUGUGGAGAGUCUGGAUGCGGAACCAUGGUACUUUGCUGACACUAAAAGACUAGAUGCUGAGAAGCUGCUUCUGUCUGAGGGAAACAAGCAUGGAGCCUUCCUCAUCAGACACAGUGAGAGUCAGAAAGGAGAGCUGUCACUCUCAGUAUUGGACAGGGGCAGAGUGAAGCACUACAAAAUAAGGAGGCUGGACAAUGGAGGCUACUUCGUGUCAAAAACAAAGAGCUUUGCCACUCUGAGGGAUUUAGUGGAAAACUACUCAAAACGGGAGGAUGGCCUCUGUGUGCGUCUGCUUGAACCAUGUAAAAAGACAGAGGCUCCCCAGACUCAUGGUCUGUCCUACAACACUGCUGACCACUGGGAGAUUGACCGGACGUCUGUCAAACUAUUAAAUAAACUGGGCGCCGGGCAGUUUGGAGAAGUCUAUGAAGGCCUUUGGAAUGACACCACUCCAGUUGCAGUGAAGACUCUGAAACCUGGCUCUAUGGAUUCCAAUGACUUCCUACAGGAGGCUCAGCUCAUGAAGAAACUGCGGCACCCCAAAUUGAUCCAGCUGUACGCUGUGUGCACAUUGGAGGAACCCGUCUACAUCAUCACAGAGCUCAUGAAGAACGGCAGUCUACUGGACUACCUCCAGAAGGACAAGGGCGUGCGGCUGAACAUCUCAGACCAGAUUGAGAUGGCUGCCCAGGUGGCUGCUGGGAUGGCCUACCUGGAGCUGCAGAACUACAUUCACAGAGACCUGGCGGCCCGCAACGUUCUGGUGGGAGAGAACAAUGUCUGCAAGGUGGCAGACUUUGGCCUUGCGAGAGUCUUCAAGAUGGAGAGUGAGAACGUGUACGAACCUAAAGAGGGCACUAAAUUCCCUGUGAAAUGGACGGCCCCGGAAGCCAUUAACUUCAAUAAGUUCACCAUCAAGUCUGACGUGUGGUCCUUUGGCAUCCUGCUGUAUGAGAUUAUGACCUUUGGCCAGAUGCCCUAUCCAAAUCUGACCAACUACCAGGUGAUCCAGCGACUGCCCACAGGCUACAGAAUGCCCUGCCCACCACACUGUCCCAAGGUCAUGUACGACAUCAUGUCUGACUGCUGGAAGGAGAACGACAUGGACAGGCCCACAUUUGAAACCCUGCAGUGGAAGCUUGAGGAGUUCUUUGACCAGGAUGUGACUGCAUACGAUGACGCCAACCGUUACUAGUAUUGAACUACGCUUUACUGCAAUGGUUGAAGCGCUCCAAUGACACCUAGCCAGAGUCAACAAAGGGAUAAUACAGCAUAUCCACAUAUCACAGGCAAUACGCACUCAAGUGCCAAAGGAAAAAGACAUUUCAUACUCUGUAUCUACAAUAGUAGUACUAUUCAUUUUUGCAUCGUUGCCCUAUCCACUUCAUGAUCACAUUAUGGUUCAAUAUCUAUUUAAGGAUAUUUAGGAUGAUAUUAUGCAGUCAGUUGAGACCACACACCAUUUGAACAACAACAUUGUGCCUGUGUAGGUGUUUCAGUUUGCGUAUUGUUAUUAAAGAAAGUCAGACAUUGUUAAAGGUGAAUCCAGCAUUUUAACAGUGAAUUUUGACACUCCUGUGAAUUCUUAUGAGUCAAUUUCAUAAGAGGUGGGGCUGCUGUUAUGUGCCAGAGACAUUUGCCACAACUGCCCGCUCCAGAAAUGCUUCCGUUUGGGUUAUGACGUCAUCUGAUGCACGAAAGUGGGUGUGAUGUGGAGACCGACGUCUUCUGGGUCUUGGCAAAGUCACAAACAAGCUGUCCAUUGGCCUGGUUGAUUUUGCAUAACAACAGCUGUACUCUUGUGAGCCUGACAGAGCUACCAAUCUAGGUGAACUGGUUCUACAUUCAGUAACCACUGCAGUCAUUUUUCCACUAGACUGGUUGGCUGGCAGGUAUUCUGUUUUAAUUGCUCGUUUCUGGUGAAAACCUACUUGUGGAUAUAUGCCUACGUUAUGUUUUGUCCCUUUCCUGAUUUUCCAGGUAAUUUGCUGAAAAAAGUGGUUCAUCCCACUUGUAGCACAGUAUGUGAACAACAAGCAAUCAUUUACUAGUAGAAAUGUGUUGUUUUAUAUUUACCUUUCAUUAAUGAAUUCUCGCAUGUUUUCUUUGCAACAGAGAGAACCCAGUCUUAGCAGAAGCAAUCAAAACAUGAGAAAGCAUAAUCAUGAAUAAAAUGCUAAUUUAAACAGAA